GUCGGCGCCGUUUUAUAAGGAAUGAAGUGCCAUGUACCGGAGAUAUCUUGGCACAGUCGGGAUCCUAUCUUGAGCAUCGACUUCCAGCCGUCAAAUGACAAACACCGUAGGCUGGCCAGCUGUGGUACGGACACCCAUGUCAUGAUAUGGUUUGUAAUAGUACACCACAAUGGGGAAACCAGCCUCGAAUUUCGCUCCGACCUGAACAGGCACACCAAGACCGUCAACGCUGUACGAUUCUCAAAUAAUGGCGAGUUGCUUGCAUCUGGAGAUGAUGAUGCAAAUGUUAUAAUCUGGAAACAAGUUGACAAAAAUCCUGGUGAUGUGUUCGACGACACGAUAGAAAACAAGGAACACUGGGUUGCACAGAAAGUGCUAAGGGGACACAUUGAUGACGUCUGUGACAUUUGUUGGUCGCCUGAUAAUAUCUACCUGCUGUCUGGGUCAGUGGACAACUCUGCCAUCGUGUGGAACAUUGAAAAAGGAAAGAAGAUAUCUCUGCUGAAUGAAAACAAAGGUUUCGUCCAAGGCGUUGCCUGGGAUCCCAGGGACGUUUACUUCACCACGCUCAGUUCUGACAGGUCACUGCGUAUAUUCAAGGUCAGCAACAAAAAGGUCGCCUACAAGAUACACAAGGCAGUUGUCCCUCACGAAGGGCUCAGCGAUAAGGAGAAAGGAACUAGGCUGUUUUAUGACGACACAUUGAAGUCCUUCUGUCGGCGGUUAGCAUUCUCACCUGAUGGUGAACUGCUGGUCACACCUUGUGGCAUCAUUGAGCAGGACAGUGGCAGAGUGGUCAACACAGUCUACGUCUUUGCUCGGAGUGAUCUAUCUGAACCGGCCUACUACUUGCCCAUCGGUGAGAAGCCAAGUUUGGUGAUACGCUUCUGUCCUAUUUUUUUCAAGCUGCAAACGCCUGGUGUGAAUGAUGAUGGAACCAUCAAGGAAGAAUUUGAAGAGCCACUAAUAAGCUUGCCAUACAGGAUGGUGUUUGCAGUGGCCACACAGAAGGCCAUAUUGUUGUACGACACUCAGCGUAGUGCACCUUUUGCCCACAUCUCCAACAUUCAUUACACAAGGCUCAGCGAUUUGACUUGGUCUUCUGACGCUCGGGUGUUAGCUGCUUCAUCAACCGAUGGUUACUGUUCCCUGAUCACUUUUGGCGAGAAGGAGUUGGGUGAGGUCUACGACGGUUCCUUCCCUUACAAGGAAACUGUCGAAAACAAUAGUGACUCCCCAUCUGGAUCAAAAAGCAAUUCUCCUUCGGAACCUAAGAAUAAUCCAGCAAAGAAGAUGGACAUAUUUAAAAGCAGCAAAAGGAAAAGUGCCAGUUUCAAAAUAACAGGAGCUGCAAGAAAAAUUAGUACCAGCCCACGCACCACUAAGGCACCGAGUGAGGUUGUUAUUGUCAUUGACGAAGACAGCAUCGGUGAUGGGAAAAACUCCAAACAGUCUAAUGGAAAUGUUAAAACAGCUCUGGAAGACAAGAAAUGCAAUGGAGUUACACUUGAGAAAGGCCAGCAGACAAAGAGGGACAGCAGUAAACAAAAAUUAUGCGCCAAUUCAAAAGAUGCAGUGACCAGCAAAGACCUCCAUCAGAAAGACAGCGAUGGUAGUGGCGACUCGGUAAAUGUGUGUACUAAAGACAAAAUAGUGCCCGAGGCUGUCGGCGAUGUGAAGAUGGACUUGGGAGAAACCGAGCAGGAAUCGCCGGACAAGCUUCAGCCGUCCAAGGAAGUUUGUGACGGGGCUAGUGCAGCCCAAGUUGCGAGUGACCCCUCAAGUGGUCAGGAUUGUGAAAUGUCAACCUCCGACGAAAGCAAGGACAAGAAGCAAUCUCCAGAGCCGAGCGGUGCGAAGCCACAAUCUGGGAAUACGGCAGACCUCCCUAAGAAAGCUCCACGACGAGUUCAGCUGGUUACGCUAUGUACAAAGAAAUUGUGACGAACUAGCCAACUCUGAUGGUGAAGUUGCAAGUGGAAGCCCAACAUGGGAAUGACAACUGGCCAGAGAUGCAUUGGAAGCACUUGGAGAGCAUUGAGCACGAAGCCGGAAGAGCUGGCAUUCCUGUAUUGAUUUUUCACUUGCAAUUCAUUGUACAUGACACUGUAAGUUAAAUUUUAACAUUUUGUAGUGCUGCCAAUUAUUUGCAUGUUAAGCCAAUACAAUGCUUUUGUAAUAAAUGUAUUGUGGCAAUGUAA